CAACAACAUCAACAGGACUGAAGAACAAGACUCAACAACAAAAGCUGCGGACAAGGGGCCUGGCUUAGCGAUCGAGGAAGGUAUCAAGGAAAUGGCAUCUCACAAUCAGCAGGGUAAACAGCCAUUGUCGCAUACGCUGUGGUCUCCAAUCGACACCGUUAAGGAUGUUGCGGACUCGCUUGGGCUUACCGAUUUGAACGAGGAAACGUCGAAAAACCUUGCGAUGGAUGUAGAGUACCGAAUCCAUGAGAUAUUGGAACAAGCUGUGAAGUUCAUGCGCCACUCGAAGCGUCGUGUGCUAUCCACGACAGAUAUCGAAAAGGCGUUGAAAGUGUUGAACGUUGAGCCCUUAUACGGGUACGAUGUCUCCAGACCGUUGCAGUUCAAAGAGGCGUUGGUCGGUAAUGGGCAGACGUUGUACUACAUUGACGAUGAAGAGGUUGAUUUUGAGAAGUUAGUGAACGAGCCACUGCCAAAAGUUCCUAGAGCAACAACUUUCACAGCUCAUUGGCUUGCUAUUGAAGGAGUUCAACCUGCAAUUCCUCAAAACCCUCUCGAGACUGAAAUCAGACAGCUGCCUCCAGCCUCUAGAGGAGCUCUUUCCCAUCAGCUUACAGAGAACUCCAUUGGUGUAUCCACGAAUUCACACGUUGCCAAUGGAAACACCACAGCUUUGAAUAAGGAUGCAGAAGUGAGACCACUGGUGAAACACGUAUUGUCAAAGGAGCUUCAGUUGUACUUUGAUAAAGUCAUCCAAGCUCUCACUAAAACCGAACAGGACGAAACAACUCUUCACUUGAGACAGGCAGCGCUUUCGUCCUUACGUUCAGAUCCAGGUCUUCACCAACUCCUGCCAUAUUUCAUCCAGUUCAUCUCAGAACAGAUCACUCAUCAUUUAGACAACAUCUACCUGCUUUCUACAAUGCUCGAGGUGAUUUAUUCGCUACUUUCGAACGAUAACAUAUUUCUCGAUCCAUACAUACAUGCUUUGAUGCCUUGUAUCCUUACUCUUCUCCUUGCAAAGCGCAUUGGAACGAAUGAUGAACAUUUUGCUGUGCGUGAUUUCGCAGCUUCUCUGCUUGAACACGUUUGCAAGAAUUAUGGGAAGAACUAUACCACUUUACGCCCAAGAGUUACAAGAACAUUGUUAAAGGCAUUCUUGGAUUCCAACAAACCUGUUGGCACCUUGUACGGUGCGAUAAUUGGACUCCGCAGCUUGGGUGAUGAAGUUGUUAGACUUACAAUCUUGGGAAAUCUCUCAAAUUGGAGUCAAACAGUGUUGGUUAAUUUGAAACCAGAGGAUAGAGAUGUACUAAUACAGACUGUUGUGAAAACCAUCAAGGGAUUAGUUUCUACGCAGGACUCUGAUAUGGAGGUUGAACUUUCACAUGAUGAGAAGGAAAAGUUGUCUCAAAGAGUUGGUAGUGUCAUUGCAGAGAAGAUUAGCGAGGAUAUGUCUGCAAAAGCCAUACAUGAUGCGAUAUUCUUUGGGAGCUCCAAAUGAACUGUACUAUACAAAUACAUGGCUUAAUGAUGAACAAAUACCGU